GUUCUUCUCGUCUUACAGCCGUCCUGAGUUCACUUUAUUUUCUAGCCGUCCCGGUGAGCGGAGCCUCGGUCGCCUGACACCGAGCACACUGUAUUCUUGAGUCAUGGCCGUCAUCCGACAGCUUUUCUCGGUGUAGCCACCUGGUUUCCACUGAUCUUACAAGAGAAUCAUGGAACCAGAUGUGAUUCGAAUCUACUCCUCUUCACCGCCGCCGAUGGAAGACGGUGCAGAGGAAGAGGACGACGAGUUUGGAGACUUCGGUACCUUCUCUGGUGGUGUUCCCAACAGCAUCAGCUUCAGCGAAUUUGACACCCCGACCACUUUCAACCAAUCCCAGGCUCUGAUCACCACCUCGCCACCUGAGCUCAUCAACAGCAGAGGGGUGGUGGCGUUCACCCACAGUGCCACUAAUGGGACCAGCUGCCACAUCACGGAGCUCUCUAAGGCAAAUGGUGUGGCACCAGCAAGUUGCCAGGGAAACGGUCCCUUGGAGAGAACGGAAGCGAAAAAGGUCCUCUCAGACUCCUUAGAUUCCACGAAGGUGGAGUGUGUUGAUUGCAACGGCAGAGGCACAGAGGUGCUAACAAACGGGUUUGAUGUUCAAGGAAGCCCUUCCUCACAGAAUUCUGUCCACUCUCACACAAAAGAAACGUCCACCGAGGACACGGGCAGCUUCCCUGUUGGCAGCCCAGAGGACGAUUUGGCAGAUUUUGCUGCUUUCGCAAACGCUGAGAGACGCCUCAGCCAGACAGAAGAUGAGGACUCGGACAAUCCUGGGUGGCUGGCAGGGUCCACCUGUGGAGCUGAGCCGGGAGUGACUACAGAGGACAAUGUCAGGGACACAAAUAGAACUGGACCCGAAACACCGGGCUCAGAGUCCGGAUCUGUCCGUGUGGAUGAGCCUGGUGACCCGUCCGACACGGCGCGGGGUUCCUGUUCACACGUUGACAUUCAUAAAAGGGACGCCUUUGAAUCAGAGACAGUUUGCACUAAGGAUCCUCUUGUUCUGAACUGGGUCGACAUCGCUGAAAGGGCCGCCGCCGCCAAACACGACCUUUCACCAGAACCAGCCGCAGACGAGGAGGUCGGAACUUCAGACGGAGACGGGAAGGGCUCUGAGACGGAGACGUCGGAGACGUCGUUGGGUCUGCCGCUGUCAACACAUGCUUUAGAGGAGUACGGCGACCUGAGCACGACAGCUUCAAUGACGUCUCCGCCGCUUCCAGAGGACACGCCCACACCCGCUGAACACAGCCAGCUGAUGGAGGACGAUGCGGACUUUGGCGACUUUGGCGAUGCUGCUUCAGACAGCAGUCAGGGCUUUGCUGAUUUUGCUGCGGUUGAACAAGACCAAAGUGAGGUGACGACCUCUGAACCUGCGCAGGAAGCUGCAGUUGCUGACGACGACUUUGGAGACUUCAACUCCCCCAAAUUCCAUACGGGCGGCGCCACGGAGGAUGAAGGAGAAGACAAGUUUGCAGCCUUCCCCGUCAGCGACAGCUUCGGGAAUUUCAGCUCGGCGGUUGGAGGCUCGGAGUCGGAGGCUGCUUGGAACGCUUUUGGUGAACUUGAGCAGCAGGCAGAGGGGGACUCCUGGGCAGCGUUCAGCGUGGAGCAGAGCGCCGCUGGUCUUCCCGCGGGGAGCAGAGAGGAGGAGAGCAAAGAAGGCGAAUCUUCGGCUUCUAGAGAGGACACCAGCAGGGCUGAAAACCAGCCAGUGGUGCUGUCCAGUCGUCUGGAGAGGCUGUUCCAGAGCAGCUUCCCCCAUGUGGUCGCAGCCCGGCUGGAGGAGGAGGUGGUGUCCUUGAAGAUCCUGCUGGAACCUCCUGGGGAGGAACCACAUUCAGGAAGUGAAGACAGCAGGUCACCGUGCAACAGGACGUCACAUGGCGGCGUUUGGGUGCAGCUUCAGGACAUCCACGAGGCGUUAGGCCUCCGGUACCAGUGGGGUGGUUCCCACUGCAAUAAAGUUCUCCUCUGCUGCCUUGGCAUCGACACGCGGAACAUCCUGUUCACAGGACAGAAGAAGCAGCCGGUCAUCGUGCCCAUGUACGCCGCCGGCCUGGGGAUGCUGGAACCCACCAAAGAGCCCGUGAAGCCCGUUUCUGCAGCAGAGAUGAUCGCUUCUAUUGCACAGGCGCCUCCUGCAGCGCCGGAGAAAAGCUCCUGUUCCUCUGACGCGGUCCAGGAGGCGCUUCCACCCAUCCAGUUUGACUGGAGCAGCAGUGGCCUUACCAAUCCCCUGGAUGCGAGCGGCGGCUCGUCGCUGUUAAACCUGGACUUUUUCGGCCCUGUAGACGACUCUAGCUCCAGCAGCUCAACCUCCAUCCCAGGCGUUGACCCGGAGCUGUACGAGCUGACCACAGCUAAACUGGAUGCCGGCGGUACCAGCAGCCGUGUGGCAGACGCCUUUGCCCGCCUGAUGUCCACCGUGGAAAAGACCAGCACCUCAACAAGGAAGCCGAGGAAAGACGAGAAUUUGAGCGAGGAGGCGGCUAAAGUCAUCGCCGCUCUGCCGGACCUUUCCUUCAUGCAGGCUAAGGUUCUGAUGUUUCCGGCCACACUGACGCCGCUCGGGUGCCAGGCUAUGCCCAACUGAAGCUCCACCCCUUGCACUGACCCCACCUCAUUUCUUUGUACCCAUCCUUCAUUUUUUUAUUAUUAGUUUUUUUUUAAAUAUCGCUGCAGCUUUGAUCCUCACUUCUUUUCUGUUCAGACAUUUUAUUUAUUUUUUUAUUUUACAUUUUUAAGGAACAUUUAACGGGAAGCGCUCACGUACCGAGGACUCCGCGGCGGGUGUCCAGCCGAUCUGUGAGCGAUGUUGAGAAUUCUAAAGGAAUGGUGGUGUAUAUAAUCAGGGAUAAAUGUCUACUUUCCCACUUUUUUGUGCGUCUGCGUGUUGGCGUUGAAGUCUGUGAAGGAAAUUGAACAGUGGCUGAAUCAAAGCGAAGAAGAAAAUAUCGAUAAAGUAUCAAUGAUGAAUCUAAAUGUCUAUCUAUAGCUGAUAAUCUAUUUGACUUGAAACCAGACUGCCUGCAGAAUCCAGCUGAAUGUUUAAAGUUUUUACUGCCAGCACAUUUUUUAGCUUCUUUUUUUUUUUGCGGAAUUUAACCGUCAUCACUUGACUGUUACUUUUUUUUUUUAUUCUUUAUAUUGACAAACUUUAAAUUUGUUUCCUCUCUGCCGUCUGUUUCCGUGGUGUGUCAGGGGACAAAACAGUCUGAGAUUUUCAGAAUAAAGCUCUUUUUUUGUUUGUUUUUGGUUAAAAUUAUUUUAAUCAUAUCAUAAAAAUAAAUCAGUUGUCAUAAUAAUGCUGUAAAAUAAAUGUGAUGCAGAUUUAUUUCAACUUUCUUUAAUGUUAAAGUCAAGCUGAAUAAAUUUCUUCACUGAAAUUUUCUACAAAAAAAUUUACUUAAAUUUUUUAAUGUAAAUUUUCUUCACUUUACUAUUUUUUUUAAUGAAGUUAUGAUUAAAUUUAUUGUAACGUUCACUUUCUGGCAGAAUCAAAUGUGUGAAACUUUGCUUUCUAACAUCAGGACAAAGUAAGUUUAUUAGUUUUUUUUUGUUUGUUUUUUUAGUGUUUGCACAUCUUUAAUAUUUUUGUAGAGUUUGAAAUGUAAAGCUUGGCUUUGGAACUUUAUUCUGGCAUGUUCAGAUUGUUUCAGAGUCCUGGUUCUGCUGCAAACCCCCCCAAGCUAAGAAUGGGACAUUUUGAUUAAAACCACUAACAUCUGAAGGGAUUUAUGGGGCCAACGUGAGGCGGACUGCUGUCAGCGAGGAUUUUGCACAUUGUAAAGAUGAAGUGGAUGUACUUACUCAUAGUUCACUGUGGCUGCGGACUGUGUACAGUUAAACUAUGGACUGUAAAAUGUACGGGGAAAUUCCUAUGGAAAAAACUCAAAUCACUUGAAGAGCCUGUCAAAAGGUUUUCGUGCAUGCCCGCCGGGUUCUUUUCAGACCAUAAGUGUGUAAAUUUUACUUUUAGUGUACACAAGAAAUUAAAAAUAAUUUAAGAGAAAAA